AUGGAUAUUUUCAGUAUUUUUUCCUUUUAAUUUUUAAUUUUCAUUUACAUUAAUUAAUUAAACAAAUAACACAUCAUACAUUAUGGCUAACAAUUUGGAUUGCUAUUUAUCAAAGAUCUAUAAUAUACUCUAAUUUAUAAUAGAAUAAUAACUAUGAUAGUGUUAACGGUGUUCUAAUUGUUAAUAAUAUAUAUGGGGUUUAAGUUCUAGACAACAAUCAAACGCUAGAAAUUUAAUAGCAGCAUAAUAGCUACUACACUCUUGCACUUAUAUGUAUCAAAUUAUGCUGCAUUGAUAUAAAAGUAUAAUUAAAUAAUAAUUAUCUUAUAUUUUUUCAUUAUUGGCUAAGAGGAUAAUAUCAGAUAUAGAAUAUAUAUCAGGAGAUGUAUCAUUGCUUUAUAAUUCACCAAGUCAUAAAAAAUGGAUAAUUGGCUUUGUUUUACCAGGAUUAGGAUUGAUUGGAUGUCUCAUCCCAUCUGCACUCUUUCUACUUUUAUAGAGUUAACAGGAUAUUAUUUCGAAAAGUAUUUAAUUUAAAUGAUAGAUUUAAAUAAAUGUUUUACUAAACAUCUAUAGAGACAAACUGGAUAAGAUAAGGUUUAGAAGGCAUAUAUGUUAUUUAUUCAAUGAAUACAAUAAUCACAAUUACUUUUGGGAAUGGAUCAAAUUAUGGAAAAAAACAGUCAUUAUCAUGAUAUAUUUUGAAACAAAUAUAUUUGUAAAGGCUUCAUUGCUUGGAUUAUGUUUACUACUCUAUAAAUGAUAUGCAGGAAAAUAGAAACCUUAUAUACUUAAUAAUUUAAACGAAUUAGAUGUAUCAACUGGAUAAAUAUGUUCAAUUGCAAUAUUUUUAGCUUCAAUUAAAUAUAUAAGUGAAUAUUGUUAUUUUAAGAAUUAUUUAUUUUCUAAAAUAAGAGAAUAAAUCAACCUCUGUUUUAAUCGAAAUUAUUUUAGUUUUACUCUAUUUGAAACUAAGUUGUCCUUUUGUUAUUGAUUUAUUAAGAGUCUAUCGUAAAAAAUACAAAAUUUUGUUAUUAAGUAAUAUAUAUGAUGCAUUGAAAGUAAUAAAUUGCAAUUUAUAUUCAUUUAUUACAAAUAAUAAAAUUUUAAUUAGAAUCAUAAAAGUACUAAUUUUAUUGUUAUUAAGAUCUCUUGUGAAUUUAUUAAAUUCAUAAUCAACAUCUAGACUAGCAAUGUUAGGCCUUGAUUAGAAAGCAUAAAAGAUAAUUAGAUUAGAAAAAAACUGA